AGAGAACCCGCCGCUGCAACUUCGCCUCUAGAGCUUUUGAAGAGCCUGUGCUCAGCCGGGAUUCGAGCUGCCGUCACCGCCUAGCCGCCGCUUCCCCGGCUGGGGCCUUAGCCCAGCCGGCUUGGCCAUGGCAGCCGCCGCCUUUGCGGCGAAUCUAGAUCCUGCGCUCUCGUCCGGUCGCUGAGCAGCCGUUAACCAGCCUGCCCACCCGCCCGCCUUUCCUCCUGCCGGUGCCGCCGAGGCCCAGGCUCCGCACACCAAGUUUCCGCCGCCGAAGAAGCCCGAGGCGAAGGCAAGGGAGGACCGACUUGGGGAGUCGGGCGCCCCCGGCCCACUCAGCCCUCUGGUCGGCGAUGUGGGGGCGCUUCCUGGCCCCGGAGGCCGGCGGCCGGGACAGCCCCGGUGGAGCCCGCAGCUUCCCGGCCGGCCCAGAUUAUUCAUCAGCAUGGUUACCUGCUAAUGAAUCAUUGUGGCAGGCCACAACUAUUCCAUCUAACCAUCGAAAUAACCAUAUCAGGAGACAUAGUAUAGCUUCUGACAGUGGAGACACCGGCAUUGGAACUUCCUGUUCUGACAGUGUGGAAGAUCAUUCAACUUCAAGUGGCACAUUAUCUUUUAAGCCUAGUCGAUCAUUGAUUACUCUUCCUACUGCUCAUGUGAUGCCAUCUAAUUCCAGCGCUUCAAUUUCUAAACAUAGGGAAUCCUUGGCAUCACAUGGCUCAACAUGGAGUACAAACCUCCUGCAGUCACUGGGGAGCCACAGUAGAGGGGAGCAGGACUCAUCACUGGACAUGAAGGACUUCCGGCCCCUUCGGAAAUGGUCAUCUUUAUCCAAACUCAUUACCCCCGAUAACUGCAGCCAGGGUGGCCCUGCACACUCAGAGGAGUCAAGCAAUGGUUUGGAAAAGACAGGGAGGGGCAAGGCUUUAAUAUCACAGCUAAGGACAGUUGGGCCUAGCUGCUUACAUGAUAGUAUGGAGAUGCUUAAGUUAGAGGACAAGGAAAUAAAUAAGAAGGGGUCAUCAACUCUGGACUGCAAGUACAAAUUUGAGAGCUGCAGCAAAGAGGACUUCAGAGCCUCUUCCUCUACUCUUAGGAGACAGGCCUUAGAUAUGACAUAUAGUGCCUUACCUGAAAGCAAGCCCAUUGUGAGGAACUCAGAGGGUUUUGAAUCUCCAAAAUACUUAAUGCUUGGUCAACAGGCAGUAGAUGGAGUUCCCAUUCAGCCCUCUGUAAGGACUCAGAUGUGGCUUACGGAACAGUUGCGGACAAACCCUUUGGAAGGUAGAACUACAGAAGAUUCUUACAGUUUAACUCCUUGGCAACAACAACAAAUCGAAGAGUUUCGACAAGGAACUGAAGCACCAACGCAGGUUUUGACUGGAUCGUCUCGUCAAAGUUAUUCACCUUCUGGCUAUCAGGAUUUCAGUAAGUGGGAAUCAAUGUUGAAAAUAAAAGAAGGACUUCUAAGGCAGAAAGAAAUUGUAAUUGAUCGGCAGAAGCAACAAAUUACCCACCUACAUGAGAGGAUACGGGAUAAUGAAUUACGGGCACAACAUGCCAUGUUAGGACACUAUGUAAAUUGUGAUGAUUCUUACGUGGCUAGUUUGCAGCCACAAUAUGAGAACACCCCACUCCAGUCUCCAUUUUCAGAGGAAUCAGCAUCUCAUUCUCAGCAAGAAGAACUUGAGCAAAAGCUUGCAUCUACUGAGAAAGAAGUUUUACAGCUCAAUGAGUUUCUCAAACAAAAAAUAAGCCAAUUUACUGAAGAGAAGAAGAAAUUGGAGGAAAAGCUUAAAACCAGAGAUAGAUACAUCAAUAGCCUGAAAAAGAAAUGCCAGAAGGAAUCUGAACAAAAUAAAGAAAAGCAGAGAAGAAUUGAGACCUUGGAAAAGUAUCUGGCUGAUCUUCCAACUCUAGAUGAUGUACAGAAUCAGAGUCUACAGUUGCAGGUUCUAGAAGAAAAAAAUAAGAAUUUGCAAGAGACUUUGAUCACUACAGAAAAAAAGCUUGAAGAGAUCAAAAAACAAUGUCAAGAUAAAGAGGCACAGUUAAUAUGCCAGAAAAAGAGAGAAAAAGAGUUAGUAACUACUGUUCAGAGUUUGCAACAAAAAGUAGAAAGAUGUCUUGAAGAUGGAAUUCGCCUCCCCAUAUUAGAUGCAAAACAGCUUCAGAAUGAAAAUGAUAAUCUCAGAGAACAAAACGAGACUGCUUGUAAGAUAAUAGACAGUCAACAAGGGGAGAUUGACAGAAUGACUUUAGAAAUUCAGUCUAUGCAAGGGAAACUUUCUAAAGAGAAAUUGACCGCUCAAAAUAUGAUGGAGGACCUGGAAAAGAAAGAAAGAAGCCUACAGAGAUUAACGAAAGCAUUGCUUGAAAACCAAAGACAAACAGAAGAGAUAUGCUCUUUAAUGGAUCAGGGCCAGGAAGCAGACCCAUCUAGGCAGCAGACACUUCUUUCCAAACGGCCUCUGUUUGAUUUGGCUGUGAUUGAUCAACUGUUCAAGGAAAUGUCCUAUUGUUUGUUUGACUUGAAAGCAUUGUGUAGUAUUCUUAAUCAGCGUGCUCAGGGCAAGGAGCCUAAUCUUUCAUUAUUACUGGGAAUCAGAUCAAUGAACUGUUCAGCUGAGGAGACCGAGAAUGAUCAUAGCCAAGAAACACUCAGUAAAAAAUUGUCGGAGGUGUGCCAGUUACGGAAGGACAUUGACGAGUUAAGGACUACCAUAUCAGACCGCUAUGCUCAGGACAUGGGAGACAACUGCGUGACCCAGUGAUGGAGUGUAGGCCCCACAGCAAUAAUGACCUAGUGUUAAAUGCUGCUGUGUGACGGUUCUUCGUAUUUCUCUGUAGGAGCCAUAAUGGAAAGUAGCAAGUGACAUAUGGCUUGCUCAUAGG